GGUGAUGACCUAUAAAGGCAAGAAACAUUUCUCUUUGAAAGACAUGCCUAAACAGGAAAUGACUACUAUGAAAAAUCUUUCAUUCUUCUUGCUUUUGGUCUCAGCUAUUUUUGUUCAUACAGUUAGUGGUCAUGAUUCAUUUUACUCUCGUCUUCUAAACAAUGGUAUCGAGAAUCAUCGCCCUCAUGUUCCCAUCGGUGAACAACCACUCGCCAAAAUCGCCAUUCACAAAGCUGUUAUUGCUCUCCAUAAAUCAGCUUACAUUCAUGCUAACCCUUUCAUUCUUGGAUCUAAGGGUGAGGAUACUGAAUGGGUCAACAUUAAAUUUGAGUACCCUGAGCCAACUAAUGAUGACUGGGUUGGAGUUUUUUCACCAGCAAAGUUCAAUGCAUCGGAUUGUUACCCCGAGACCGGUAACUGGCCAGAAGCUCCAUACAUAUGCACAGCCCCAAUAAAGUACAAAUUUGCAAACCACUCUACUGCUGAUUAUGUUAACACUGGGAAAGCGACGCUGAGCUUUCAGAUUAUUAAUCAACGUGCAGAUUUCUCCUUUGCCUUGUUUACGGGCGGAUUGGAAAAUCCAAAAUUGGUAGCUGUUACAAACCCGAUAUCAUUUGCAAACCCGAAGGCCCCUCUAUACCCUCGUCUUGCUCAUGGAAAGGCUUGGGAUGAGAUGACGGUGACAUGGACCAGCGGCUACAACAUUGAUGAAGCCACUCCACUUGUUGAAUGGGGUUGGAAGGGCCAUAUCAAAAAGCUUUCUCCUGCAGGAACAUUAACCUUUACACGCGGCAGCAUGUGUGGAGCCCCUGCACGUACAGUUGGAUGGCGUGAUCCUGGUUUUAUCCACACUAGUUUCUUAAAGGAUUUGUGGCCCAACACCAUAUACGAAUAUAGAAUGGGGCAUAUGCUCAAAAAUGGAUCUACUAUUUGGAGUAAAUCAUAUUCAUUCAAAUCAUCCCCAUACCCAGGACAAGACUCAUUGCAGCGUGUUAUAAUAUUCGGAGACAUGGGAAAGGCUGAACGUGAUGGAUCAAACGAGUAUUCAAGUUAUCAGCCCGGAUCCCUGAUUACUACAGACCAGUUAAUCAAGGACCUUGAUAACUAUGAUAUAGUUUUCCAUAUAGGAGAUUUGCCUUAUGCAAAUGGAUUUCUGUCACAGUGGGAUCAAUUCACCAAACAAGUCGAACCCAUUUCAUCAGUAAAGCCAUAUAUGAUUGCAAGUGGCAAUCAUGAACGCGAUUAUCCUAAUACAGGAUCCUUCUAUAACACUCCUGAUUCAGGUGGGGAGUGUGGUGUGCCAGCGGAGACUAUGUACUAUGUCCCUGCAGAAAAUAGAGCUAAGUUUUGGUACUCAACAGAUUAUGGAAUGUUUCACUUUUGUAUAGCGGAUUCAGAGCACGAUUGGCGAGAGGGUUCAGAACAAUAUGCAUGGAUAGAGAAAUGUUUGGCAUCAGUUGACAGAAACAAACAACCAUGGCUGAUAUUUUCUGCUCACCGUGUUCUUGGCUAUUCUUCGAACGACUGGUUAGCCAAUGAGGGUGCUUUUGAAGAGCCCAUGGGACGAGCGCACUUACAGAAGCUAUGGCAGAAAUAUAAGGUGGACAUUGCAUUUUACGGGCACGUCCAUAACUACGAAAGAUCAUGUCCUAUAUAUCAGAACCAAUGUGUGAACUCGGAAAUAUCUCAUUAUUCUGGUACUGUAAACGGGACGAUUCAUGUUGUGGUUGGUGGUGGAGGGAGCCAUUUGUCGGAAUUCACCAAGAUUAAUACAUUUUGGAGCUUGUAUAAAGAUCAUGAUUGGGGAUUUGUGAAACUAACAGCGUUUAAUCACUCUUCGUUGUUGUUCGAGUACAAGAAGAGCGCUGAUGGAGAGGUUUAUGAUAGCUUCACAAUAUCAAGGGAGUACAGAGAUGUAUUGGCAUGUGUACAUGAUGGUUGUGAAGCUACAACUUUGGCAACUUAGUAAACGGUUAAAGAUUUCGGCAGCAAUCAUACAAAUCCCACAUAAAUAAGUUUCAUCGUUGUCUUUUAAUUUGAGUAACAUAUGAUUGGUGCAGAAAAUUUGUCCCACAUAAAUAAGUUUCAUCAUUGUGUUUUAAUUUGAGUAACAUAUGAUUGGUGCUGAAAAUCUGUAGAAUAACUGAGCUGAGUGACAAGUUGCUUGUAGAAUUAUUAGAUAUUUAGAUGUAUGGGGUUGCGCUUGUUCAGUUUGUAGUUGUUGUUGUUGUUGUUGCUUGUAAUAACAUGUUUUACGAUAUAAAUAAAUUCUAUAUGGAUGCUGCAUAA